AUGAUAGAUGAUUCAAUUUAUGAGCAAUCUCUCAUUUUAGCAGAGAAAAUAAUUGCAUCAUUAGACGACAAAGACCUAAUUGCUAAGUACCAAGAAGCGAAAGAAAAAAUACUCGCAGAAAAUCAGCCAAUUCAGAUUCCAGAUGAGUAUCUAGAUACAAACAAAUCAUAUGAAGCUUAUCAACAGAUAGUGCAGGAAAAUAAAAGGUUAAAAGAUCAGCUUAAAUCGUUACAAGAAAAUAAAAGAGAUUUUUCGAAUGAUCCAGAAAACGAAAAAUAUGCGCAACUCAUUUACGACAUUAGAAAAAGCAUAAAUGUAAAGCAGGAUGAUACACCAAAAUCUAAUUCUGCCAUUGACGAAUUAGAAUCUUUAAGACUUUAUCUAGAUGCUACUGUAAACUCAUUAAAAUUUAUGAAGUCAGGUCUAAGUAACGAGAAUUACCGCCUCAAACGAGAACUUGAUCGUAAGAUUAAAAAUUAUAAUGCUCAAUAUGAAGCAGCAAAACAGAAGGCAGAAAACGAAAUGAUGAUAUUUACUAAUAAGGAUGCAGAAUUGGAUCAACAAAUAGCAGAAAGACAGCAAAAGUUACAAGAAUUAACAAAUGAUUUUAAUCUAGUUCAUAGCGAGAACCAAAAACUGCUUGAAGAACAUAAUAGCUGUACAGAAGUUCUUAAAAAGCUUGACAGUGAAAUAGAAAGAGCUGAGAAAAAUAUUGAAAAGAUGGAUAUGGAAUCAGAAACCCUAUUUAGAGAUAUAAAGACGUUGAAAUCUCGUUUACAAGCUAAAAAUCAAGAGCUUUCCCACUUACAAUCCUUGCAAAAGCUUUCAAAUCCUUCAGCAAAAGCUUUUAAUGUUGAUCAAGAGAUUCAACUUCUUAGAAACAAAGCAGAAGAACUUAGAUCUGAGAAUGCACAACUCUCAUUCGAGUUGAAACGAAUGACAAAAAAGAAACAAAGUUCAAUUAUAUCUGAUCAAUCAAUAAUCUCAAUGGAUGAAGAUGAAUUAGCUGCGCAAAUUCUUCAAUCAAAACUUCAUUGA